AUUCUGUCGUCAGUGUCGCCUCGCAUCACGGGCUCACCAGGUGGCGGCUGGCCUAACGCUCUCGAUCGUUGUUGUUUCAACCUUUUUUUUUUUGUUUUUUGGAUUUGGUACUUUCACAAGGAACGUACAAGUUGAACACAACGUGAACGCAAAGAAGUGAAACAAACCGAAAAACAAAAAGCAAGACACAAGAAACCGACAUCACAAACGACCAUCUUGUUUGCAAGAGUUUUUACUCUCGUGUCUGUGUGUGCAUUGACGUGAAUUUGCAUCGAAAUUGUCUUGGAUGUAAUUGUCCGGUUUCAUUUCGUUCUCAAAAGUGAUACAUCACAAAUUCGAAACGUGAUCUGUAACCCGAGACUCGUAAUCAAUUUAAUCCUGCCUUUUGUUGAAAAUCAAAAAAACGAGUGCAUAGCGAAACAGACUCUGUCUGUUAUUGACACGCUGUUGUUUUGUCCUAACGGAUUACGUAUGUUAAUUGUACGUACAUUUUGUGAUUAUGAAAAGCAUGUGUUGAUUACCAGGUGAACCCCACAAAGUGAGCGUCAACCAUGUCCAAAACUAGAGAUUGAUUUGCACACUCAUCGGUUUCGACUAACUCGAAUAAUUUAACAAAAGAACAAAGGGCAACACGAAAAAGCAAAAAAAUUUGGCGGGUAAUUUUUCAACUAUUUGCUUACCCUUCCCCCUUGGAAUGAUCACACCAGCCGAAAAGUGUCGUAUGUAAGUUGUGUAUACAUGCGAAACGGUUAGAGAUAGACGGCGGCGUUGCCAAGUGUCUCGCAUUAGCCAACAAUUCGUGGCGUGUGUGCUGUGCUGCGUGUGUGUGUGUGUGUGUGUAUCGAGUGUUGAGUGUGUGUGUGUGUGUGUGACACUGAAAGGAAAAGAAAACAACAACAGCAUCGUUUGUGCUUCAACACGUGAUAAAAGAAGUAGAAAGAAAAAAAAAAUUGUUUUUGGAUCAUCUUGAUUGAAUUCAAAGAAGAAGAUGAUGAACCCCAUGAAUCACAUGGCCACCCAUUUCCCCGGUGAUAUGGGUGGCUACGGCCAACAUCACACAGGCCCUGGACCGGGGUCACCGGCCCAACAGCAAGCGCACGGUGCGGGCGGGCCGGUUGACGGCAUGAACGGGUUUCGCGGCAUGCAACAACAGCAGCAACAGCAGCCGACUGGACCGAACUCCAUGUUCCAGGGACCACCCAUGGAAAGCCAACAGCAACAGAGGUCUAUGAUGGGCAGCAACGCUCACAUGGCCGGCGGUCAAGUGGUGACUAAUAACAUGAUGAACGGCUCGUCCAUGUCACUCGGCCCGGGCCCGAUGAACGGCAUGAUGAACAUGCAAAUGCCACCACAACAACAACAACAACAACAACAAUCUCAAAUGGGUCCGGGUGGCAUGCAACAGCAGCACAUGAUGCAACAACAGCCGCAACAACAGCAACACAUGGGCGUGCACAUGGACGGCAGCAGUAUGGUGGGCGGCGGUGGCCCCGUGGGCCAGCAACAACAACAAGGCGGCAACGGCCAAGGAGUCAGAGCGUGCGCCGGAUGCGGUGGCAAGAUCCUCGAACGUUUCCUCUUCCACGCGCUGGACCGUUUCUGGCACCACGGCUGUCUCAAGUGUUCCUGUUGCGGCGCCCGGCUAGCCGAUAUUGGCGUGUCGUGCUACACCAAAGCCGGCAUGAUCCUCUGCCGAGCCGACUACGUCCGGUUAUUUGGCAGUUCGGGAGCGUGUUCGGCGUGCGGACAGGGAAUCCCGGCCAACGAGCUUGUAAUGCGCGUUGGUGGAGCCGGACCGGCCGGCGGACCUGGCGGAGGAGGCGGACCGAACGGUAUCCAUCCACCAUCGGGCGGCGGCGGCGGCGGCGUUUACCACGUCAAGUGUUUUGCGUGUACGAAAUGCCAGACGCAGCUGAUGCCCGGCGACCGGUACGCGCUCAUCGGCGGCAGCUUGCUCUGCGAGCAGGACUGUCACAAGAUGAUGAAGAACAACAAUAACAAUAAUAAUAACAAUAACAACGCCAACAACAACAACCACGCCGGCCCCGGUGGCGGCGCAGGAGGUGGAGGGGUCGGCGGAGGUGGUGGAGGAGGUGGCGGCGGUGUCAACCAACCACCAGGAGCAGGUGGUCCCGGAGCGACGGGAACCAACACCUCAACGGGUGGAAGUGGGGGAGGUCCCGUCCGGAAAGGCAAAGUUGGCCGACCGAGACGGAGUCGAGAUUAAUUAUUAUUUUUUUUUUUUUUUUUUUUUUUUUUUUUGCUUUUUAAAUAAUUCUCCCGUUUAAAAAAAAAAAAAACAACAAUUUUUUUUCGUUAUUUACUUAAUUUAUGAUGUAAUGAACGAAAAACAAAAUGGCGGGUUUUUUUGAAUAGUGUAUGUUAACAAAUUUAACAAUGAAUAAUUUUUUUAAACAGUAACAAAUCGUUUACACAAAGCGAAAAGAAGAUGAAAAAAAAAAACAAUAGACCUUUGUAUGUGCGUGUGUGUGUGUGUUUGUAUAAAAAGGGUCGAUCUGAAUUGUUUAAAAAACAAUUGAAAGUGAAACAAACAAAAAAAAAAUGGAAGAGUUAACGAUGCUAAUAAUGAAUUAUUACGAUGAUGACACGUGUUUGUAUUUUGCCUCCCUCCCCCAGUUGAAUUGAAAUUUUCUCGUUUUUUUUUUUUUUUUGCUCGCUCGCGUGUGUUUCUACACACAUUCUAUACACCUUUUUUUUUUUUUAAAUUUAAUUCGUUAGAUAACAGAACAAAAACAAUAAUAUUGCAAACAACAUAUUGGGAGAUCUCUCGCGCUCCAAACCCGAUCGCGUCUUGUACAGUCCCUUUAUAACCUCCCUACUUUCACCCGGCCCCUUGUCUCCCUUUCUUUUGUUUUAUUUUUUUUUCUAUUACCUAUCCAUUUUUUUUUCGUCUGUCACCUGUUUCCGGUUUUAAACAAAGCCGGAAACACAAGAACAAAAAAAAAAAAAAAAGAUAUCACACACUGACUUUGUUUUUGUUUUUUGUUUUUUUCUGUUCAAAAAAUCUCGCAAAUCUUUGAGAAAAACAAACUCAACUGUCCCUCACAUUUUCUCAAUUUCUUUCUUUUUUUUUUGUGAAAAUAUUAUUAUUAUUAGCCCGUUCUGUUACGCGCGUGAAAGAGUGUCAUUUUUUUUUUUAUUUCUGAUAAAAUUCGUUUGAAAAUUGCCUCUGGCUCCUCCCAUUUUAGUUUGUUGUUUUUUUUUUAUUAUGUCACCGUUUUUUUUUUUAACUUGUGCAAAAAUUAAAACCCCGAUUGGGUUUGGCAAAAAAAAAAAAAAAUUUAAAGAUUUUGAGAGAAAAUGAUCGCGCAUUUGAUCCCAUCCCCCAUUUUUUUUUUCUCGCUCACACGAUUGUACCAUUCCCUCCCAACUCAUCCCAUCUGCCCUCCUCCCUCAAGCGCACUCCCUCCUCCAUUUGAUCAAUAAAAAGAAGACAAAAAAAAAAAAUGAAAUUUCAAUU